AUGUCUCAUAAAGAGGAAUCAAUUCAAGAUUUUCUAUCGGACGCUGCUAAUAAUCUGUUUGGAGUAAUUGAUCGGGAUAAAGUACACGGCUUAAACUUAAGUGUCCCGGAGGAUGCUAAAGAAGUCAUAAAACCUUGGGACGAACGUGAAGAUGUCGAGAAAUAUUGUGAAACAGGUGUAGAUGAUGAGCUCAUAUUACAUAUCCCUUUCUCGCGCAACGUCAGAGUAAGAAGUGUUUUGAUUAAAACCGCUCGGGGAGAUGCACAACCUCGGAGAUUACGCGUCUAUGCGAACCACCCCGCUGGACUUGAUUUUGCUGAAGCAGAGUCGACUAGGCCACAACAGGACAUGGCUUUAUUGGAAGGGGAGGGCGGAGUUGUCGAGUACCCAGUCAAGGCCGCAACAUUCGCUAACGUUAUAUCAUUAACCCUGCUCCUAACCGACACUGCUGGGGGUGAAAUCAAUCGCAUAUACUUCAUCGGAUUUAAAGGAGACGCCAGAGAUGUCAGGAAAGAUGUCAGCGAGCACUUGGAUAUAAGAGCUGCAAACGCAGCAGAUGCUCCUAUUGAUCGUCUGACCGAAAAAGCUGCAGGAUCACAAAACUUGAUCCGCUAA